CUUCACUACUCAGGGAUGCACUUGAGAAACACUUCCUGGGUGCUCCCUUCAGCCUCUUUGUAGCUCACUGUGUGCCUGUGAGCCUUCUGCUUCGAGCAGGACACUUCCACAUAAAAAUGGAAGGAAGAAGCGGUUGCUCGAGUAUAUUGCAGAAGAGCAAGCCCUAUGUUGCAAUGAUCUCACUUCAAUUUGGCUAUGCAGGCAUGAACAUCAUCACCAAAGUCUCCCUGAACAGGGGAAUGAGCCACUACGUGCUAGUGGUAUACCGCCACGCCUUCGCAACUGCUGUCAUGGCUCCUUUUGCCUUCUUUGUCGAAAGGAAAGUCAGGCCAAAGAUGACGCUCAGAAAUUUCAUGCUCAUAUUUGUGCUGGGCGCCCUGGGGCCUGUUAUCGAUCAGAAUUUCUAUUAUGCGGGACUAAAGUUUACUUCCCCUACCUUCUCCUGUGCCAUGAGCAAUAUUCUUCCUGCACUUACUUUUGUCAUGGCCAUCCUCUGCAGAAUGGAGAAAGUACACCUGAAAAAGGUCAGGAGCCAAGCGAAAAUAGUGGGGACUCUGGUGACAGUAGCAGGGGCUAUGUUGAUGACCUUGUAUAAAGGACCUGUUGUUGAGAUGGUGUGGAAUAAGCAUGCAGAUGCUCAGACCGCAGAAGUAGCCAACGCUGCAGCAGCAGCAGCAGCCAAAGAUUGGUUCAAGGGUUCAGUUUUCCUCAUCAUUGCAUGUCUUGCUUGGGCAGCCUUCUUCAUAUUACAGGCAAUAGCAAUGAAGACCUACACUGCUCAGCUUUCUCUCACAACCUUGAUAUGCUUUAUGGGAACCCUGCAGUCCAUGGCAGUCACUUUUGUUGCAGAACACUCCCCAUCAGUGUGGAAAAUAGGUUUUGACAUGAACCUCCUGGCUGCAGCCUAUGCUGGAAUAAUUGCCUCUGGAGUGGCAUAUUAUGUUCAAGGGCUAGUUAUGGAGAAAAAGGGCCCAGUUUUUGCAACUGCCUUCAGCCCCCUUAUGAUGAUCAUCGUUGCUAUCAUGGGAUCUUUCAUCUUGCACGAAGUCAUUUAUCUUGGAGGUAUUAUCGGAGCCAUAUUAAUCGUGGCAGGCCUGUACUCAGUCUUGUGGGGUAAAUACAAAGACACCAAAGCAGCCAAACUAGCAGCAGCGAACACGCCAGCAGCAUUGCCGGUUCCAGCAAAGGAUACUGAAGAAAUAGGGCAGAUUGAAGACAUCUCUAUGAUUGAUGUGGACCUAGAGAAGGCAAAUGCAGCAAAGUUGUCCUCCUUUGAGAGCUCCUUAAUCCUCUCAAUGCCACAGACUCCCAUCAAGCCAACGCAAGCGCCGAAUGCUUAGUUAUUCGACCUCGUUCCUUUUGCUAGUACUUGGAGAAUGAAAGAGAGAGAGAAAAAAAAGAAGGGUUGUCUAUACUACUACCUUCCUUCCCUUAGAAGGGCCUCUUCUUCCCCCUCUGUUUUGUCUUUUUAUUCAACCCCUGGGGUUCUAGUCUCUUGUACUAUCCUGCCAUAUUCUGACUGAGAAAACUAUGAAAACAACUCUUUGAAUCA